AAAUCAGUACUUGCAGUAAACGGUUGUGAAAAGAACUCUAAUCCCAGAAAAUCGUUGAAGAAAUGCCACCCAACUCGAAGGAAAGCUCGGAGAAGUGCACUGCACUAGAAGGAGCCUUGAAUUCCGAGAUUCCUGGGAAUUCGGAUGAUGGAUCAUCCAAGCAAACGGGAGUGCUCUUCGAGGCCGAUGUGGAGACAAAUGAUGGUGCCUUGGCCACGUGCACCGUCGAAUUCAAGCGAGCCGAGAAGAGGAAACUGGAACUGGUCUGGCGAAACAUUAUUCUAUUCGGAUAUGUCCAUCUGGCUGCACUAUAUGGCGUAUACUUAAUGUUCACACAGGCUAAGCUUGCCACCACAGUUUUCGCGGCUGCCCUCUACGUAUGCGGAAUGCUUGGUAUUACUGGCGGUGCCCACCGACUCUGGGCCCACAGAUCCUACAAGGCCAAGUGGCCAAUGCGCCUCAUCCUGAUCGUUUUCAAUACGAUAGCCUUCCAGGAUGCCGCCUACCACUGGGCUCGAGAUCAUCGAGUUCACCACAAGUUUUCGGAGACGGAUGCGGAUCCGCACAACGCCACCAGGGGCUUUUUCUUCUCGCAUGUGGGAUGGCUGCUCACCAAAAAACAUCCCGAUGUGAAGGCCAAGGGAAAGAUUCUUGACCUGUCCGAUCUGCAUGCCGAUCGCAUCCUAAUGUUCCAAAAGAAACACUAUUAUGUCUUAAUGCCCUUGGGCUGCUUUAUCCUUCCCACCCUUAUUCCGAUGGUCUGCUGGAAUGAAUCCUUCACAUGUGCUUGGCUGGUGGCCGCCAUGUUCCGGUGGUGCUUCCAACUUAACAUGACAUGGUUGGUGAAUAGCGCAGCCCAUAAAUUCGGCGGUCGUCCUUAUGACAAGCACAUGAAUCCCGCGGAAAACGCCUAUGUUGCAACAAUGACCUUCGGUGAGGGCUGGCACAACUACCAUCAUGUGUUCCCCUGGGACUACAAGACAUCAGAGUGGGGCAACCGCCUGAAUAUGACGGCUAGAUUCAUCGAUCUGUGCGCCAAGAUCGGCUGGGCUUAUGAUCUGAAGUCGGUGGCUCCGGACACCGUCAAGAGGAGGGUGUGGCGGACUGGCGAUGGCAGCCACGAGCUGUGGGGCUGGGGAGACAAGGAUAUCACGCCCGAAGAUGCCAAGGAUGUGCUUUUCAUCAACAAAAAGGAAGAGUAAAGAUUCUGAUCUCUAGAAUUAUAAGAAACAUGGUGUGAUUACUUUUUUUAUAUUAUAAAUGAAUAUUAAUAAAUAUUAAAUAUGUA